AUGGACGUGGUGCGAGCGAUUGAGACCGUACCAAAGGCUUCGGGCGAUCGACCAAAAGACGACGUAAUCAUUGUGGCUGCGGGUCACGAAGUGGUUAGCACACCCUUUCCUGUCGAGAAGGGGGAUGCUGUUUAG